CCGUCGCCUCGCUAUCCCUGGCAGGACCGGAGCGGGCAACCCGGGAGUCCCGGCGGCCAGGGCAGACACCCCUGGGAACGGAGUCGGUGUGACCCUGACGAGCAGCCGCGAUGGGGAAGACACUGGAUCUUUCCAAGCUCACGGAUGAAGAGGCCAAGCAUGUCUGGGAGGUGGUUCAACGGGACUUCGACCUUCGAAGGAAAGAAGAGGAAAGGCUAGAGGGGUUGAAGGGCAAGAUUAAGAAGGAAAACUCCAAGAGGGAGCUGCUUUCAGACACAGCCCACCUGAGCAACACCCACUGCGCCCGCUGCCUGCAGCCCUACCGGCUCCUUGAGACCCCCAAGAGGCAAUGCCUGAACUGCCACCUCUUCACCUGCGGAGGCUGCAGCCACCCCCACCCAGAGGAGCAAGGCUGGCUCUGUGACCCCUGCCACCUGGCCAGGGUCGUGAAGGUGGGCUCUCUGGAGUGGUACUACGGGCAUGUGAGAGCCCGCUUCAAGCGCUUCGGGAGCGCUCAAGUGGCGCGGUCCCUCUGCGGGCGGCUGCAGGGAGCAGGUUUACCUGAUGGAGUGCGGAGCGCGCCCGACCUCCACAUCACGCAGACAUCCACUGCAGGUGGGCCUGAGCAGAUGCCCGGAGACUCAAGUGGAGAGGAAGAGCAGACUGAUGAGGAUGGAGAAGGGGACACAGCGGCCCAGGCCCAGCCCCUUGGCAGCCAAAAAAAGCGCCUCCUCCCCGUCCACAGCUGGGACUUUGAGGCCGACUCUGACGACUCCGAUCCGUCCUGCGGUCCCCCGCCAAGCCUAUCCUCGGUUUCAGGGGCCACGGACAGCCUGCAGGCCCUCACAGAUGACCCCUGCACAGAGGAGACCACCUCCCAGGAGGCCCGGGUCCUGGACCAGGCUGAUGCCAGGGCCCCUGGAUGCCACUCCCAUGCAGAAGAGCAGAGGGUCAGCCUCUUUCCUGCCGGACCAGACGAGCUCUCAGAGCCCUGCCUGCCGGAGGAGUCCUGCACUGCAGGCCCAGGAGUCGCUGCCACUCCUGGGCCAAACAUCCUCAGGAGUGGGCAGCUGCCCUCCCAGUAUCUGGCUGACGUGGACACCUCGGAUGAAGAAAGCAUCUGGGCUCAGAGAGUGGCCUUUCACCAUCCCAGACAGACAGGCUGGACCACAUCUGAGAACCAGCAUCCAGGUGGUGACGAGCCCACCGAUGCCGAUGUGGAAGAGGCAGCCCUCAAGAGAAAGCUGGAGGAGCUGACCAGCCAUGUCAGUGACCAAGGGGCCUCAUCCGCGGAGGAAGAGGACACGGACUCAGGGGCUGGGAUGGGCAGAAGCAAGCCUGCCGAGGGCCACUGCGGGGCCACAUGGGAGGUAUGCACGGCUGCAGGCCAAACUCCCAGCCGGGAAAAGGACCCACUGAGUCCUGGGGACCCCGAGCAGCCCAGCAGGACCACGGAGGCAGAGCUGGUGGAUCUGGAGGGCCAAGUGGCCGCCACGGCCUGUGAGGUGCGGCGGACAGAGAGCCAGGUUUCGAAUAUCGAGUCCAGGAUUGCAGCCUUGCGGGCAGCGGGGCUCACCGUGCAGCCCUCGGGAAAGCCCCAGAGGAAGUCUAACCUCCCAAUCUUUCUCCCCCGGCUUGUCAGGAAAUCUAGCCAGAGUCUGAUGGAUCCAAAUGCAGGCCCUUUGAAUGAGGCUGAGGUGGAGGCCGUGCCCUGUCUCGUGAAGAGGAAGCUCAGCAAUUACUCCAAAAGUCAAGACAAAGAUGUUGACUCCUUCAGUCGGAAGUCUGUGUACCGCGGAUCCCUGACCCAGAGAAACCCCAACGGCAGGAACAGAGCCGCCAACCACAGCUUUGCGAAACCCGUGAUGACCCACCAGCCUUAAGAGGAGAGGUUCACCAGGACGGGACACCCACCCUCUUCCCCUCCACCUCGGUCACUGAGUCCCGCCUCCUGCCCUGCGCUUUCCGCUGCACACAGCCCAGUGGAGGGAGAAUAGACCCUAGCCCAUGUUGGAAACCCACCCGCGAGCUGUCAGCAGUUCUCAGACCGUCAGCUCUUCGCUCAAGUUCAUGGACAACCUCCAAGGCCACCUGGUCCGUGGCUGCUCUGAUUCGUUAAGAGGCAUCUAGGCUGUACGUCUUUCCCUUAGGGCACUGUGGUUUAAGCUUUCUGAAGAGGACAAAGAUCUUUCUCAGUGUGAUCCCAUACCCCCUCCCUGCUGGCUUCCUGAUGUUGCUUUCAUGACCGGCAUGGACAGGAGAGGACGCGGUGACCACCCCAGCCGUCUGUGUACUCCUGAGUGUGUCUGCCGGGUCGUGGGCAGAAGUGUGAGCACUCCUGGACAUCGGGACAAGUGACUGGACUCUUGUCUCUCUGAAUAAGAAGGAGGGAUAGGCUGUCAGAUCUCCUUAUACACACACCCCGUCUUCGAGUUCACCCGUGCUUCACAGGCUGGGAGAGAGGACCCCGUGGUUGAGGACAGAGCGUGCGGGUAGCAGCAGGUGGGCGUCCGCUCACAGCCCGGGUAUCGGGGCACACCACCUGCUGGGAGGCCCCGGUGGCACUCUGGAUGGGUGGGCAGAAGGGUGGGCUCCAGCCCGACACUGCCACUCACUGCGGUGGGAUCCAGUGGGGCAAAGGACCAGCUGGUGACGCCCGCCAGCCACUUGCCAUCUGUCCGUAGACGAGCUCCAAGUCCUCCACCUCGGACAGUCUGGGAGUCAGGGUGCAGCCCAGCUUUAAGGGGAGCCCACUGGGACCCUCUGCAGCUGCCUUGGGCACAGUAACCACAUCUCCCCCUCCCGGGCGUGGCUGGGGGCUCACGGGGACCUGUUUAUUUGAACAUCAGAGCAGCCCAUUCUGCAGAGUGGAGCCCUGAGGGUGAAGCAGCCUCCCGCUGGGCCGGAAGCCACCUCGUGACCCGGGCCGGAAGCCACCUCGUGACCCUCUAAUGCCUUCCGAGGCGACUUCAGGUCCGCUCUCACUUCCCUCGCGCGGCGGCUUGGUGCUUGUGUUCAGUGGUAACUGAAAGGAGACGGUGAACCUGUGAUGCCCAAGAGCCUUGCCUACUAAGAUGUUCUUCCGACCUGUCUCCCCACGGCUUACAGAUUCUGCACCAUGAGCUCUGAUCCCAUCCCCACUGACCCCACAGUGUCUCAGUCCCCACAGGGGCCACGUUGCCCACAAGCUGGUCCACGGCAGCUCCAGGGCAAUUUUCAGAAUCGGCGUCUGCAUUGAUCCAGAUGACCUAGGCUUUGGCAGUGUGCUGGGGUUUGUGGUAAAGAUGGAGCUGAUCCUCCUUCUCCAAAUGAAAGCUGCUUCACAUAGGCAGCUCCUAAAUUCAGUGCUGGAAAUGAUUCAAGAUGCCUAUACAUGGAGGAGGAUCGGUUCUUUGUGAUGUGCAGUUCUCCUUAUUCACAAAGAAAACGGGGGGUCGACAUGAGCUCCUAGCCUUCGGGGGGAGGCAGUCCUGGCUGGCCUGGAGCCCUGCCCUGGAGGUGAGGGUAACAGGCCCACCAAGGACCAGAGUGGCCACUUCGCCCCAUGGCUAACUUGAGUGCAGAGACCUUCUGACCUGGAAACACACUGGUGCCUCUUUCCAAAGGCCCCUCUCAGGGGUCUCCGAUUAGGUCCACAGCUGUACUCACUCAUUCAUUCAUUCACCUGACGCUGUGCACGGCCCAAGGAUCUGUGUUCAUCCGUGGCCCUGGCCAGGCCAUCGGGGAUGUGAGUUCUCCCGGUCCCGUGCUGGCUCCUCGGCCCUUCCUGCCUCCUCUCCUUCCCUGUCAGGACCAUGGCUUUAGGGGCCUGUGGCUGGUCUGCCGCCCAGACGCCCCAAGGUUCGCUGCACAGACCAGCCACCCCUUCCUCCGGCAUCUCAACAUCAGCCUGUCCUGCUGACCCCAGAUCUCACUCACAUGCCCAUUCAGGUCACCUCCAUCCUCCGCGGGGGCUCUGGGCAAGGCUCUGCCCUCUCUUCAACCUCACGCUCUGUCGGGAAAGCUGGCCUCUGCCUUCUGCGUACACCUCCGCCCUCUGCCCUCCCACUUCGUCAGCAACCGUGUCACUGAUUCGGGAUUUUUCUUUCAGGUUUAUUUUUGAUGUGGACCACUUUUAAAGUCUUUAUUGGAUUUGUUACACUA